AUGUGGCAUGCCAGGAAUUUGGCAGGAGAAAUUUCUCAAGAAUAUGCUAAGCGACAGACUGAUGAGGAAGCUAUUGACGAUCUAAUGGAACUUGUACAACAAAUUGUUGCUUUUCACAUGAAACACAAUGCUGAACCUGAAGCUGUUGACCUCUUACUAGAGGUUAAAGACCUUGAUCUGUUAAUCGAACAUGUUGACAAGACAAAUUUUAAAAGAACUUGUCUCUACCUCACCAGUUUAGCACGAUACGUACCUGGCCCAGAUGACAUGUUGGUUUUGGAUAUUGCAUACACUAUAUACCAAAAGUAUCAAGAAUAUACAAAUGCACUUCAAGUUGCUCUUUUCCUUGAUAAUUUGCAGUAUGUAAGGCAGCUAUUUGAGACUUGUCCUGAUCUUCAGUGAAAAAAGCAAUUCUGUUACAUCCUUGCUCGGCAGGGUGUCCCUUUUGUGCUUGAUGAGGAGAUGGUUCCAGAGGAUGAGGAACGAGAGGCACUGCAGGAUAUCAUCAACAAUGCUAAGUUAAAUGAAGGUUAUCUAAAUCUUGCUCGAGAUAUAGAGGUCAUAGAAGCGAAAACCCCUGAGGAUAUUUACAAGGGUCUCUGCAUCAUAUCGACAAAGACCUUCUCGGGUGGUGGUUGUGUGAGCGGCAAGUCAAAUCUGGAGGUCUUAAUGGGCGCCUA